GUACAGGAUAGUGAUAAGGAGAAACUGCACAUGGGACAGUGAUAUAUUGUUGAUCUACUCUGUGUAAGAAAAGCAAGUGGCUCCUGAGUGAUCGUCCUGUGUAAAAACGAAUAUUUACCUUUUUCAGAUCACUUUGAGCACCAUGGCCCAGUCAAGUAGCUCCUGCUCCGAAGACCAAUUGACUUGUUGUAUUUGUCUGGAUAUCUUUACCAACCCAGUCUCAACACCAUGUGGACACAAUUUCUGUAUGGAAUGCAUUGGGAGACACUGGGAUCAGAAUAAUAGCUCCAUAUGCCCGCUGUGUAAAUACGAAUUUUACAUAAGGCCUGAUCUCCAUAUUAACAAAGUCUUAGCUGAAAUUGCAGAUGAGUGCAGAAAUGUAAGCCUUUCUGAAGCCAGUGCAGCUAAGCCUGGAGAUGUGGUUUGUGAUUUCUGUCCUGGGAGAAAGUUAAAAGCUGUAAAAUCCUGCUUGGUGUGCCUGGCUUCUUACUGUGAGAUGCAUGUGAAGUCUCACAGUGAAGUUGCAACUUUAAGGAGGCACACACUGGUUGGUCCAAUCAGAAAUCUUGAAGAAAGGCUGUGCUCGAAGCAUGAAAGGCUUUUGGAACUGUUCUGUACUGCUGAUCAAGCAUGUAUUUGCUCAUUGUGUGCAGAGAAAGACCACCAGGGGCAUAGCGUUGUCUCCAUCGAGAAGGGGAGGACAGAGAAAAUGACUCAGUUAAGGAAGACACAGACAGAAAUACAAAGACAAACCCAGGAGAGGCUGAAGGAGCUUGCUGAGCUGAACCAGACUAUAGAAUUAGUCAGUAGAUCUGCACAGAGAGAAACUGCUGAAAGUAAGAAAGUUUUUGAUGAUCUGAUGGACUCCAUUCAAAAGAAAAAGUAUGCUGUUGUUGAGCUGAUAGAGGCUAAAGAGAAAACUGCACUCAUUGAGGUGGAAGGUCUGAGGAAAAAAAUACAGCAAGAAAUCAGUGAGCUGAGAAGGCAAAACAAUGAGAUUGAACAGCUGUCAGAGACCAAGGACAACAUUCAGUUCCUAAAGAAUCCCCUGCCUAUUUCUGUUCCUUGUGGAAUUGGUGGAGAACCUAGGGUCCCUUUUAAUGCAACCUUCAAUUUUGAGGCUGAAAGAAAAGCUGUAUCUGCCCUUAAAGGCUAUCUUGAGGACAUCUGGAAAAAAGAAUCAGGAAAAAUAUCUAAAACAGUGAAUAAAGUUGAAGUCCAAAGGUCACAUUCUCCAGCACCAAUGAAUAAACCAGAACUGUCAGCAGGACCCGUCUGGGCAACAUGGACUGGACAAUCAGUGAGCAAUGUCCCAAGACCACGUUCUCUAGCACUAAUGAAGAACCCGGAAAUGUCAUCAGAACCCAUCUGGGCAACAUGGACUGGACAAUCAGUGAGCAAUGUCCCAAGACCACGUUCUCUAGCACUAAUGAAGAAACCGGAAAUGUCACCAGUGAAAAUAACUACAGUUAAUAAACCACAUGCACCAGAGCCAAGGACCAUAGCAGCGUUUCUACAAGAGCCAAGAGCCAGAUUAGAUGUUGUACAAGACCUUCUUGCGGUGUUUGCGGAAAGGAACCGAGAACCGGCAACAAGAGACCAGGGCGAUGUGGAUGGGCCGUCGGGAGCGCAGGUUGGUGACUGGGCGGCUGUGGCAGCAGGCAGAGGGAAAAAACCUGCCAUUCCUAAAAAAAAGGCUACUGAGCCAGUGGCUAAACCUACAUUUCUACUCCAAGGAAACACAACUGUAGUUCCUAAACAACAAACUCCAGAGUCUAUAACCAAGGCAGACUUUGCUAAAUAUUUUCAUCAGCUCACAUUUGAUCCAAACACAACCAAUAAACACAUCUUGCUGUCUGAAGAGAACAGAAAGGCAACAUGGAGAGCCAAAUUCCUAGAGUAUCCUGAUCAUCCAGAAAGAUUUGACGGUUGGAACCAGCUACUUAGUUCAGAAGGUCUUGUUGGCAAACGCUAUUAUUGGGAAGUUGAAUGCACAGGGAAAGAGAUCGAAAUAGGAGUCGCGUAUAAAGGAAUCGCCAGGAAGGAAUGGAAUGAUUCUUCUCACAUUGGAAGAAAUCUACUUUCCUGGAGUCUGGAGUGGAAUCAGGAUGGAUAUUUUGCCUGGCACAAUAAUGAAAUGUCUAGUUUAAGUGCCCCCCGCUCACAGAAGCUAGGAGUCUACUUGGACUAUCCAGCUGGAACUCUGUCAUUUUACAGCAUCACUGACACAAUAACCCUCCUGCACAGAUAUCAUACCACAUUCACUGAACCACUGUAUGCUGGGUUUAAGGUUGGCUACGUUUCUUCUGCACAGAUCUGUGCCAGAGUAAAUGUUUUAUGUCAUCGUUAUACUUAAGUAAAUAGGCCAUCCUAGGAUAUGUAGUUAUACUUUCUUUACUGCAGUUGGAGUUGAUGUUGAAUUUCUAACCAUUUUGAAAAGUGUUGUGAUUGCAUGGUUACAUUGACAAACAAAUAGAUGCCACUUCCUCUAAAAUGUGCCCAAAGCACAAGUCCUAACAACUGAAAAUUACUACCGAUAUGCAUCUUAAAAAAAAAACUCAAAACAGCCAUAAAUUGUACAUAUAUUGAUUUAUGUUAGCCAUGUGAUUAAUAGCUUAAAUAACAAAAAUGCAUUUUCCUACUUAAUUUACUGCAGGAACCACGUUAGUUUUUAAACUUAUGGCUGGUGAAUUCUUUACGUAAAAUAAGGGAUUUAAAAAAAAAAAUGAAAACAGCAGUGUGCCAGCCCAUAUAAAGUGUGUGUGGGAAUGUAAGAUUGGCAGGGAUGGGGUUAAAUCUGUCUCUGCCAUCAAUCACAGAUGUGGCCAUUCCACAAUUAGGUGAUUGGUGCUAAUUGGGAAUUGGGGAGUGCCCACGUGGAUGAAAGGAGCCAGAAAGUAAGUAUGUGUGUGUCUGUUUGUCUAAAUUCUUGCUGGUAACAUCUUGGGCUGUGAUGCUAUCCUGUCACAAGCAGGAAACUAAAUAUUUCACUGGUAAAAAGAUCAGUAGAUCAUUACUAUUUAAACAUCAUUAUUAUUGGGGGUAUGUGUUUUUUUUAUAUAGAAAUCUCUUACCCUAAGCAAAAAAAAUAUCUAGAUCCACAUACAGUAUUUGUUUUUUUCUUGAGGAAUUGUAUGUGUUCAUGUCACCUCACCUUCUGAUAGAGAUGGUCUUGUACUAUUAUUCCACUAUAAAGGGUCUAUAAACAAAUGUUGAAGUAAUAUGGUAGGCCUAUGCGUGUAUGGACUGGAGUUGAGGCGUAUAGUGGAACACAAUUAUCCCUGAAGGGGGAUAUAGUAUCUGCCAGGGGCUUAUGUUGCCCAAAGCCAAAGACGACACAAGGGGACAAGAUUUUUACACAAAACCAGAAAUAUCCAGUCCAUAUAUGUUUUAUUAAACCUUGAAAGAGAGAAAGCCUUGUUCAGAUUUUGCUUGUUUAGUUUCUCUUUUUUUUGCUUGCUGAAAGACGAUGAUACAUGUGAUUUUAGCAUACUUUUGGUUAAGGGUAUUUUGAAGCUUGUCUUUAGAAAGAUGAGGAAAACACUGUUCCGCGAUAUUUGUUUCAUUCAGCAGCUAUGGCCAAAAAUGUUGCCUCACCUUAUAGAAUUAACUAACUUUGCUUCAUAAAGUUGAAUGGAAACCUGCUGAAUCAUGUUACGUUAACAUAUUGAAUUACAUACCGCUUUGUAGGUUCCCAUAUACUUAACGAAAAACUGACACAAAUUGAAAAAUGUAACAUUUUGAAAUCUAACAUGAAAUACUGUACUACCAUUACGACUUGUGAUAUCAUUUUGUAGUUUCUUGGAUAACAUGAUGUUAAAUAAGAUAUAUAUAUAUAUAUAUAUAUAUAUAUAUAUAUAUAUAUAUAUAUAUAUAUAUAUAUAUAUAUAUAUAUAUAUAUAUAUAUAAUUUUAAGGAUGUCUCAAUCCUAAUAUUCCUGGUGAUGCUAAACCUUUGGCUGCUGCUGUAUGAAUAGUUAUUCUGUAUAUGUAUUGUUUCUAUAUUGUUGCUAUGAAUUUGUACCAUUGUUAAUGACUGCUGAGGAUAUAUUGCAAACUAAAAUAGUUCACUUGAAGAUUUUUAAUUAAUCAUUAUAUUUUUAAUAAUCUAAUAUGACAUUUAUUAUGUAAGCAGUUCAUAUUUUUUCUCAUUUUACAUGAUAUUGUAUUAUUCAAAAACUUUGCCAAAAAGAUGGAAGUUUGAGUCUGUGAUGCUGUAGAUGUAACAACCAUGAUUUGUUUUAGUUAGUUGUUACUAUUUUUCAUCAUUUUAUAUUGACAUUUGAAAAAGUCUUUGGAGUUUUGUCCACUGGGUUGAAUUACAUUGUUUCAGUCAGUCACAAGCUCAAACUCAACUGACUUGGGGGGGUCUGAUAAUUUUUAUGUGGCACAAAUUAUAUUAUAUUCAUUGUAACAUAUAUAUAUAUAUAUAUAUAUAUAUAUAUAUAUAUAUAUAUAUAUAUAUAUAUAUAUAUAUAUAUAUAUAUAUUUUAAAAGCUAGUUAUGUCGAUAUUAUGGCGAUAGGUGUUCGGUGUUGUCUUAUUGUAAUUUACAAGAAUUGUCACUGUAUAAACUAACACAAGGGACGUUCUUUUCAAUCUGAAUUAUGGUAUCGCCUGUUACAGAUUGGAGGCGGUUGGGUUUCUGAUGGUUGAUCAGCGAUACUAGUAGAUUCUGAUGUUAAAAUGAAAUUUGUUUGUUUACAUUUAAGGUAUGUAUUCACGCACACAUGCUGUCAAUCAUUAAAAAUGAUACUUAUA